CCCUAAUGCAGGAUGCUUCAUGGUCCCUGGUGUCCCCGGGCUACCACGUGUGAGGGCUGCUGCUCUGAGGCCUGGCUUAAGGAGGAUGUCCCAGCCACCCGCCAGCUCCCAUCUGCACCAUGAGUGAUGAGCGGCGGCUGCCUGGCAGUGCGGUGGGCUGGCUGGCAUGUGGAGGCCUCUCCCUGCUGGCCAACGCCUGGGGCAUCCUCAGCGUGGGUGCCAAGCAGAAGAAGUGGAAGCCUCUGGAGUUCCUGCUGUGCAUGCUCGCAGCCACCCACAUGCUCAACGUGGCUGUGCCCAUCGCCACCUACGCGGUGGUGCAGCUGCGGCGCCAGCGCCCCGACUACGAAUGGAACGAGGGCCUCUGCAAGGUCUUUGUCUCCACCUUCUACACCCUCACCCUGGCCACCUGCUUCUCCGUCACCUCCCUCUCCUACCACCGCAUGUGGAUGGUCCGCUGGCCCGUCAACUACCGGCUGAGCAAUGCCAAGAAGCAGGCGGUGCACACGGUCAUGGGCAUCUGGAUGGUGUCCUUCAUCCUGUCGGCCCUGCCGGCCGUUGGCUGGCAUGACACAAGCGAGCGCUUCUACACCCAUGGCUGCCGCUUCAUCGUGGCUGAGAUUGGCCUGGGCUUCGGCGUCUGCUUCCUGCUGCUGGUGGGCGGCAGUGUGGCCAUGGGCGUGGUCUGCACGGCCAUCGCCCUCUUCCAGACACUGGCUGUGCAGGUGGGGCGCCGAGCCGACCGGCGCGCCUUCACUGUGCCCACCAUCGUGGUGGAGGAUGCACAGGGCAAGCGCCGUUCCUCCAUUGACGGCUCCGAGCCCGCCAAAACCUCGCUGCAGAUCACCGGUCUGGUGGCCACCAUCGUCGUCAUCUAUGACUGCCUCAUGGGCUUCCCCGUGCUGGUGGUGAGCUUCAGCAGUCUUCGGGCAGAUGCCUCGGCACCCUGGAUGGCGCUGUGUGUGCUGUGGUGCUCGGUGACCCAGGCCCUGCUGCUGCCCAUCUUCCUCUGGGCCUGCGACCGCUACCGCGCUGACCUUAAGGCUGUCUGGGAGAAAUGUAUGGCCCUCAUGGCCAACAAUGAGGACUCGGAUGAGGGUGAGUAUGGCCUGAGAAUGGUCCCCAGGGAGAGUGGAGCCUGGGUGAGGUCACUGGGGUCAGCAGGAUAACAGCCAUCAGAUCCCCUGUGUUACCCCAAAGGUGCCUGAACCCCUAAGGGACCCAAGCUUGGUGUCCCACGGGGCAUUCCUCUGUCUGGCCUGGCCACCCCAGGGUUCUGGUUAAUCAGAUGUUCUGGUUAACAGAGUAGCUGUGGACUCUAUUACAGACUGAAUGUGUUCCACCAAGUUUCUGACUUUAGGUGUCCCAGUAAUCUGGCCUGGGGCUUCUGAGACCCAGGUGCUGUCUCCCGCCCACCUCCCACAAUAACAAUGUUACCCUUGGCUGAGCCCUUGCCACCUGCAGGCAGUGUCAGCUUCUUGUGUCUGUUUAGCUCCUGCCCCCACAGAGGAGGAAACUGGCUCAGUGUGUGACCUCCCCAGUCCCUCAACUAAAAGGUGGCAGAGUCAAGAUUUGAACAGAA